GGUUUCGGCAGAUGAUAUCGAGGGAAAAAUGAAUUGUGCCCAUGUUCGCUUUCAGAUGCCUCAAGGAUAUUACAAGAUUUUCUUCAGAUCUGCCAAUUGUCACAAAUGCUUGUUCCAAGAGUUUGAUGAGUCUAUGAAAGGUGGAUUUACGAGAUAUCGUAUAACCGAUAUGCAGUUCCCUCUUGAUUUCCAGGUGACUCGAGUUGAAAAUGGAAUAGAAGCGGAAGAGACUUCCAUUAUCACAUCGGUCCAGCUUCAAGAAUAUGGCAUGUACACGUUGAACUAUACCGACGCUUCGGUCCCGAUGCAGCUUAUUACAGACAAGAAAGGUCAUGACUACUACGUUCCCUUAUACUUUAUGAUCGCGAUUACCUUUGCAUUUUGUUUUUUUGUUGUGAUGAUCGAAAACAUUCGCAAGGGAAGGAAUGAAGAAGCCUCCAAAACUGAAGCAAGCUCCGUCAAUGAGCCACUCAUCCAAAAGGAGAAACAAUCCGUUGUCUCCCAGCCAAUGAAAUCACGCGUGCAAUCGAUCGACGUGUUCCGAGGCAUCACGAUCUGCAUCAUGAUCUUCGCGAACUAUGGAGCAGGCCAAUACAGUCACUCCCUCAUGCAUGCUGCCUGGGAUGGAAUCACGUUUGCGGACUUCGCGUUUCCUCUGUACAGCGGAUGA